AAAAAGACUGAACUUUUUUAGCUUGAGAUUUACGAAAGAGAAAUGCUGAGAAGAAAGCCCAGCAAAAUCGAAGUAAAAAUCGAAGACAAAGAAGAACUCGAAGAAGCUCGCAAACGCGCCGCCCUCAUCGCCGCCUCUUCCUCCACCAGUACCGCCGCCGGUACCGGCGGAGCUGCCACAGCCGGUGUCUCCUCUCUCCUCCAACACUUCGACCGAUCAACAGUCGAUCCUUCCUCCAAAAACAACCGCAUCGGCCUCAAUUAAUGGAGGUUGAAGUGAAGCUCAGGUUGCCUGAUUCAUCAGCACAUCAGAAGGUACUCUCACUUUUCUCAUCGCACCACAAAAAAACACACCACCAGCGUAACACUUUCUUCGAUGGCGCUGCCGGCGAGUUGAGCUCGCGCCGGGCUGUUCUCCGGCUUCGAUUCUAUGAGAACUCGGAGAAAGUGAAAUGCAUGGUGUGUCUCAAGGCUAAAGCUGUAAUUAUCGACGGUGUUAGUCGAGUGGAAGAGGAUGAAGAGGAAUUAGAUCCGAAAAUUGGAUAUGAAUGCGUUUCUAACCCUAGAAAACUGAUGGAGGUAGAUUCUAGGGUUUUGAAAAGGGCAAGAGAGGAAUUUCAUGUUGGGGAAGAAGGGUUUAUUGGAUUGGGUGGGUUUAAGAAUGUGAGGAAUGUGUUUGAGUGGUGUGGUGUGGAAUUGGAGGUAGAUGAGACUAUGUAUGACUUUGGUACUUUUUAUGAGAUUGAAUGUGAAAGCUUGGAGCCAGAGAAAGUUAAAGCAAUGAUUGAGGCAUUCUUGAAGGACAAUGACAUUGAUUACAGCUAUUCAGAAGUGUCAAAGUUUGCUACUUUCCGGGCCGGAAAGUUGCCUUAGUUUACCUUCUAGAUGGUACGCCAUAUCUCGAAGGCUUGAAGUGUUCAUUGCCUCAGUAUUUUGCAGUUGAGUCUUACCAUCUCGCAUAUGUUUGGGACGAGACUUGACAAGCCUGAAAUAAUAUUUUGUGGUUUCCUAAUCACAUACGCUCUUGCUGAUAGAGUUUCUUAUGUAUUUUUGGGUUCUAUUUAGAACAUCAAUAUCUUCUAUUUGUGGAGAUGGAGUAUUUAGUAUUAAGCUUAAUGUUGAACUUUAUGUUUCUCACCAGUCUCUUUGUCAAACUGCUUGGAAAUGCUUUAUUUGAAGCCGAGGGUCGAUCAGAAGCAACCUCUCUAUCUCUAUGCAGUAGAGGCAAGGUCUUCAUACAGUCUACCCUCCCCAGACCCCACUUGUGGGAUUAUAUUGGGUA